GUUUUUUCGAGGACAUUCUGACAGAGGAUUCACUGGACAAAUUUCAGAGCUUGCAGGCAAACUAUGAGAAAAAUGCUGGUCUCACAUUUGAAUUACCUCCCAAAACAAAUGCAGAUUAUGCUUGGUCACUUGGGCCAUACACUCUAUGGAAAAAAACCCGUUACACGCCGUAUUUUGACAAACAACCAACAACUUCAACUGGUCGAGCAGUUCUUCAAAUGGGAGGAUUAGGGGCGACUGUGGCCGGAUGUGCUUUUGCGGCUUUAAGUCCCUUCACGCUUCCCAUUAUUGCUACUGCGGGAUCUAUGUUUAUGUAUUUGCAUUACAAAUAUGACAAAUCCAGAUGGACUUUAGAAAAUAAAAUUGAAUAUCUACAGGAAUUAUGUGCUGCAAAUAUUCAUUAUCAAUUCGAAACAAAUUAUGGAAUUAAAUGGCUCGAAUCGCUUUCAAAGCUAGACAAAGAGCGUUACGACUAUCUUUACGAAAAUAUUAAGAAAAGUAGGAACACCAAUGUUGAGAUGAAUAAGAAAGUCCAAAAAGUCCUCACUGAUUUAGAAGA